AUGGCGAAGAACAAGACCGCAUCCGAAAGGGCGCGCAAGAUAGUGUUGACGCAGAGGAAACAAGCCGAAGCGAAUCCCCACUCGCGCUUCGAGCAGGAAAAGCUCGCCGAGUUCGAAGCAUGGAAGCUCUAUGUCAAUGAGGAGGCUUCGAAGGGCAUUGAAAUACUUAGUUAUCCGUCCUUUCCUCCAGGGCGGUAUCUGGCCAUGUAUCCUCAGGCAGCUGACAUCUACCGCCCUGUUGGACCACCAUCACAGCCACGCCCUCUCCCAGCACCAUCACAUCCACGCCGUCCACCACUAUCACACUCACGCCCUCCUACACCACCACCACCACCACCACAACUUCCCAGUGGUCUGCCUCUAAGCACUACAGAUGAGGCGAUAAGGAGUAUGCGAAAGACCAUCGACUCCCUACGUAUUCUACUCGAAAGUAGAGGAAAGGAGGUCGAGGAUUAUAAAAGGGAUCUAGACGCCCUGCGGACGAAGAACUCCCAGUCCGCAGAUGACAAAGACAAGCAGAUCAGCGAACUGCAAAGUGCCCUAGACGCCAAAGGCAGGCACGUCCAACCCUCCCAAUCUGCAGACGACAAGGACAAGCAGAUCGAGGAAUUGCAGAAGGCUCUGGACGCCAAGGAUCAGCAGGUCAAGAGCUCCCGAUCUAUAGACGACAAGGAUCGGCAGAUCAGGGGCUUACAGACUGAUCUCGUCGGCAAGGACGAACAUAUCAGGAUGCUGCAAUCUGCUCUGCAGGACAAAGAGAAGGAAAUCAGCCGCCUCAAAGGGAUACCAGCCAAGAGGGAUGAGCCGGAUCUCUCGGAUGAGUUAUUCCUUCCGUUCGAUGACAUGGAGGUCGACAACUUGGUGACCUCUCCAUCCCCAGUCAAGCCUGCCGUCUUCACCUCCCCUCUCAAGCGAUCGACUCCUGCCACCUCCCCCCAAAGCGUCUUUCCUCCCCUUCCUCAUCAACUGGGGCUCAAGAUCGCCCUAUCAAUGCCGAUAGAGAUAGGAGGCGUCUGGCUGAAAGCAAAAAAGAGAAAGAACUCUUUGCUUUGCUGGACGACCUCGCAGCAAGCAAUGACCCCACUGCAAAGACUGUCAAGCAAGUGGCCUGCUGGUAUCUCGAUUUACAAGCAAGCCAUGUGCUACUUGCUAGCUUCAGAAUACCUGGACGACAGCUUAGUCGAUUGGGUCCUUGGAGUCGCCGUUGCAGGUACUACCAAGACCCAAUUAAUAUCUCCAUGGGUCUAUGAAGCUGGUCAAUCGUUUGGAAAAUCGAUCAAUGCCACAACCAACACAAUCCUGAUGCCAAUACAAGGCAUCUUGUCAGAAAUGAAAGACGGACCAGGGAAGAAUGUACGUUGGACAAGCGAAAACGGCAAAUGCAGUAUGCAAACGGAUGGUUAUGAAUGCGGUUCCUGGGUUCUCGCCAACGCAUUAGCCCUGAUUCUUGAUACAGAAAUGCCGGAGUCAGUAGACGGCUUCAGGUUGGCUAUCGCCUGCUCUUUGUUGUCCGAGGUCCAAAAGCAAAGCCGAACCGCGGAGAUCUUAGCGGACUGGCUCUUUAAUAACGUCGCUCAGACUACGCAGGCUAGCCAAAAGAAACCUCCCAAGGGCUCCCGGAAGAGAGUACCUAAACGUCGGCAGCGUCCAGUUUUAGCGCGUGCUGCAAAGGGUCCGGUGAAGCCAAAAGAUCCAGAUAACAGCCAAGGGUCUAGCAAUGACGACGACUCAGUGUCAACUGAUGAUGUGCACGUACUUGGUCCGGAAGUCAACUAUUACCGCCAGCGUCCAAAUCUUGACGAAGAGUUUCUUUGCACCAUAUGUGUGUGCUUCGCCGGCGAGUCCCAGGAAGCUCUUGCUAGCCACCAAGAGAAAGAUCACGAAAUCCCUGGCCUGUUGUGCACUUGGCCAGGAUGCUACACCUUGUGCAAGGGUGAGGGUGAUCUAGACCUUCAUGUCCGACGGAUUCAUGAACUUCAGGUCUAUGUAUGCGAAACAAAAGGGUGCUAUCAACGGUUCGAUGAAUGGGAAGAAGCAGAAGCUCAUGCUGAGGAAUUGGACCAUGAUGUGAACGAAAAGUUCCCUUCGGCACCUUACAAUCGGGAGGACAUCGAAGUCAGGCGUACAGAAAUAGAAACUUUCAAAGGGAAAAAGAGAAUGCUUCAGCUAAAACGCAGGUAUUAUAUGGUGUAUCAAAGUGCAACUGCUCGUCGGUUCUUUGAGAACUUGGGUCUAAUGAACCAGGACACCACAACGGGUGUUCCCUACCAUAGAACGCUCUGGAGAAAGUAUGAAGCCUCAGACACAAGCGCACGUCCCAGUUGGAAUUACAAGCUAAAAAAUAAAUCCGCAUAUGGCAAGGAGAGUUUCGGUGCCGCUUAUUAUAUGUUUGUACUCUUCUUUCACCAGCCACGUGGUUGGCGAUUGGACAAGUUCAUAACGGACUGGACGCUUCACUGGUGCGAAAUUUCACACAAAUGCCAUUGGGCAUAUUGUUUGGAUGUGAAUGCUUUAGAAUAUGUCUUGCCGAAGUACAACUCUGACAGGGCUUCGUGCGCAGGAAGCCUUCGAGCGCAAGCGGGCACCUGCGAGGCGAAAAAGAGUCUCCAUUCCCAUGAUCAUUGUGUGCAGCAUCUUUCGGCGGAUGCAGCAACAAGCUUCGUUGUCAGGGUAGGACCAUACACUGGGGAGAGAAGGAGAGUAGGAGAUCGCCCUAAGAAGAGCGGCCAGCUGGAUACAAGAGGAGGAGCACCUCCGGGUGGUUGGACUUGUCGCUACGAAAUGAAACGAAGAUGCCGCCGGAAUGAUAUCGCAUUCCCGACAAAAUCAAAUCGGGACAGACACGAAGCAUUGUGCCAUUUCAGCGCCAACUGGAAAGAGUGGAGGAAGUUUAGCGCAAAGUUUCCAGGUUACUUCUGUCCUGUGUGCGAUGAGGGGUUUGACGAGAAAGAGGAGCGAAAUAGACAUAUGGAGCGUGAGCAUGAAACUUAA